AUGUCAGCGUCAAAAGCAGUGCGGAAGAGAACGUUUCAUCCCCCGUGCGUACCGCCUCCUAAUCCCGGCGGCUUGGAUUGGGGGAGAGGCAUUAAGCAUGGGCGCUCACAGAGCCUUUCUCGGGCUGUAUAUGGUCCUGCGCCGCCUCGGGAUACUCACCCUCGUGCUAACUCUGUAUACCCCACGCCUGAGUCUUCUGCGUGGAGGCCUAUGGUAGACAUACCUUCGCCACGCGGUAUUCCCUUGCGUGCGCCGGACGUUUCAAGUGCAACACGCUCACAAGCAGUGGAGGAGUCUUACCUGAGCGACUUGGAGGAAGGAUCUGAUUCAAGCUCAGACUCGGACUCAAGCAGGAAAGAUUCCGACUCGGGGGGCGAAGAUUCCGGUCCGGAUAAAUUGGCUAGCGGGAGCGAGGAUGAAGAAUACGAAGGAGGGGGGAGAAUGAGAAUGAGAAUGGGGGUGUUCCCCCUGCUGCUACGCAAACAAAAUCAAAAGUUAUCAGCGGCUCGAAGAAAGGUAAAGGUGAAGGCGGAAGGAUCGAAACUUAUGACUCGCUCGACAAUCAAACCAAAGAUAAUGUCGAUCGAGCUGCUCUCCCAAGCGGAGAGGAGUGUCGCAAUGACUCAUACGCGCAACUCAAUCAUGAGCCUGUGCGGUGGGAAGAAACAGAUUAAAUCAUUAGCCGAACUCGAGCUCCGAUAUCAACCAGACAACGAACCGUUGUGGGUAGACGAGGCCGGCAUUGUUGCAAUGCACCCAGACCGUUCGUUCGAAGACAAUAUGCGUGGUUUUGGGCACCUUUUCGACGACAUUGUGACCGAUUCUUCACGCAUGGCUCCUUCCCAGCAGUCGUUCUUGUCAACAGUUGAUUUGUCCGUCUUUCGCUCCUGUUUAAAUGCAGGUGUGUUUACAACGUUCAAGGAUACCUGGAAGGCGAUUCAAGACGGGACCGGAGAUGAGCGGGAAAAGAAGAAGAGGGCAAACUCGCGCAGAUCAUCAAGGAAGACAACGAAAGCUGUAAAUCGUCGUAAUGCCCUUGAAAAUACUGAGCUUGUAUUUGAUAAUUUCCAGUUCCUUGUUGACGUCGGCUUUCAGUCGUCAGAUUCCUCGGAAAAAGAAUCGAGCGAUGGAGAAUGUGGAAUGGUAAAGAACAAGGCAAGGAGCAAGAGGAAGAAGGCAAAGACGGUGAAAGAACAUAGCUACCGGAGUGAAAAGGCCACUCAGAUCCUUGGCGCGCUGGAUGUCAAAUAUGGAUUAAUGAAGAAACGAAGCGGCAACUCGCAAUAUGAGGUAGUCAAAUACGUGAAGACGGACUCGGCAGUUCCAAAGCUCAGGACAAAGAACCUCAAGAUUUCGAAAUGGGCUAUUCGCCAGGAGUGGUUCGAUGCAAAUCCCAAACUUGAGCAAAAGUCCCGGGGGCUCAUUGAUAGCACAAAGAACGUAAUGCCCCAGGAGGACAUUGUCAAGGUACUUUUGCAUGAAUACAAGCUGGAUCCAAGGGAGUAUGUAGACGCACCUCAGCACUCUGCUCUCAAGACCAGCCAACCUUUACCCGUUCAGCCCUCUGUACCUGGUCAGCCCAAUAUACGCGCCCCAAUUCGACCUGACCCAAUAUCGGGCCUGACUUUGCCCAACAAAACUUCUAUGCUACCCAAUCAGCCAUUUGUACCGGACUCUGCCCCUGGACAUGGAGCUGUGAUUGUGGCUCCCGCCUCAGGCACUCGGUCAUCUAUUACCACCCAACCUCUUGCACCCAUCCAGCCUUCCCCUCCAAUCUCACCUAGUGCGCCUCUUGUAGCUUGUGACCAGCCGCUGCAAGCCCCAACUAAUGUUGGUAUCCCAUUCAACUUGGAUCGCAUGCAGCCUGACGGUCAAAACUCCCAUCGUGCCAAUAACAUCCAACUUGAUUUUGCCAACUUGAACGGCGAUUUGAGUGUUGAUUAUAUGGAUUUUGGAGCAUACGUACCUGACUUGCGGUACGAACGCAACGGAGUAUGGCUCUCUAAUCCCCAAGGCGGCCAUAACAAUCUUGUUGUCCCAGAGAAUACAUACUUGCAUUCCCAGCAGUCGCGCCCUGGGCAGAUGUAUCCUUGUCAACCAUAUUCCAACCAGCCCUAUCCCAACCUCAACCGGUUGUAUCCAACGUAUCCAAUGACCGGACAAGGGGAGUUUGGAUCAAACACAGAGCAGAGUGUGGUGGGAUUAGCCGACGGAAACCCUUCGAAGACAAAGUCAAGAAAAGAAAAGAUAGGGAAGUCAGGGAGAAAUAAAUCAAAAAUGGUCAAGUCAAGCAAUGCUUGCAAGCGCAAGUCCAAUGGUAGGGUGGUCAAGGAUGAAAGCGACGAAGUGGAGCCAGUCGCUGGUCCAUCAAAUACACCGGCCAACUUUUCUAGUGUUAAGAAAGUAAGGUUGACCGGUCUUGUAGGAAAGUAG